AUGCGGCUCCGUGGAUGCUGUCCGUGCCUGCGGGGGGAUGCGGUGUCGGACGAAGAGACAGUGAGCAUGUCCGCUUUCCACAUUCCGCCAAGAAGAAGGUCUGACUAUCAGGGUUUUGAUGAAAUCUCUGACGAUGGAUCGUGCCGUUCCCGAUCGGCAUCCACAACGUCGUCGACGUACAUUCAGCCGCAGCUCUAUGACGAUACUCUCGAAAGCAGUGAUGAUUAUACUCUUUUCGGACCGCCAUCCCUCGAAGACCGGGUGAAGCGGGAAGACUUGGACUCUUCGUUCGGAAUAAUUCAUUUCACUACGAAACUUUGUUUAAAGAAAGUCACCGUACAAUUAUGCGAUUUGAGGGGACUCCCGGCAAAAGGACCUCAACGAACUCGAGCGUAUUGGACGGCAGCUCGAGUCUGCGUUCGGAAAUGCGCGAAAAAAUGUCGAGCGGUCAGAGGCAACGAAAGAGACACGAAAGUGCAGCUCAACGAGGAGCUCACAUUCCUGGGAUCCGAGGGCGAUACGGUUCAGAUAACAGUUUUUGAGGAGAGCGACCGAGAGAAACCCCUGAAUCGAGUCGACAUCGUUGGACACUGCGAAGUCACCCUCGAACGGACUCAAUUGAACGGCACGGAAGACCAAGACUCCGGAGAGGAGCGAGGACAUACAGUGAAGCUCACCCAGUCCUUGGUGUCGACGCCCCUGGGCCAAUUGCUGCUAUCCCUGCAUUAUGAAGACCUCUCGCAACUGACGGUUGCUGUGAUCAAGACCAAAGGCCUACAAGAAGCAUCUAUAAAAAUCGUUUUACGGUGCAAUGGAGAAAAGGUGAAGAAAGGACGCAUCAAAGGAAAUGGCCCCAUCUACAAUCAGUCUUUCAAGUUCAUUCUCCCAGAACAGUUCGUCCCAUCUUCGUCAGUGCUGUUGACCCUAGUCGGUCGCCAGAGGAAACAAGCGGGAUUCUGCAUAGCAGGUCCUUGGUGCACCUUCUCCGAUGGCAGGCUGACUCAAUGGGGUGAAAUGUUGAUGUUGAAGAAAGCUGUUGUACAGUGGCGAUACAUUUAUCCGCUGCCGUGA